AUGGGCUCCCCGCGAAUGCUUAAGGAACCGUCUCGGCAGGGGAUCAGUAACGUUGAGUUUAUGGGUGACAACAGAGUUGAAGAACUUAUUAGUAAGAUAAGUGUAAAUUAUGAGGAGUGUACAAAGUAUGAUGCGUAUAUGGAGCAGGAUGAUGCGGAUGAGGAGGAGGAUGAGGCUCAGGAGAAGGAAAAUACUGGAGUGGGGGAACUUCUCCUAAAUGUAAAGGCGAGCAGAAGAACAGAAAUGGCAAGUAGCGAAAAGUUGGGAAAAGACGAAAAUGCUAAUUCGAACAGGAGCGCGAAUGGAGAAGCUCAUAAGGGGUGCAAUAACGCUGUCAUGGACAACCUUAGAGAUUUUAUUUUUAAAAAAAAAAUGAUUCACGAUAGGAGGAGUGGGAAGGAGGCAAGUUUUGGGAAGCCUGGCAAGAAUGUCUUCACCAAUUUGAACGUUAGAAAGAAACGAAUAAUGGAAAGCAGCGAUGAGUCAGACGAGAAUUCCCACUCCGUCAAAAAAAUUAUUGACUACGUUAAGAAGAAGAAAAAGCAGGGGAAGGGAUAA